AUGGAAUGGAUUCCCUGUGAGGAACUCACGGGAACAUUAGGAAACCGCGAAGGUCAUUGCGCAACACUUCUGCGCGAGAUAGAAAAAGAAGAAGAAUGGAUAUUGUGUGUAGGAGGUUACUGUGAAGGGGAACGGGAUGGUCUUGUUAUUGGCAGUAAAGUCCAUCAACUCCCACAAUUACAUUGGAUUACACUCACUAAUGCGGAGUCCUGCUUUGAAUGCGAUGGCGCCUCACUCACUCGCAUUACCGAUACUUUUGCUUUUAUGUUUGGUGGAUUAGAUGUCAACAUGGAUCGCACGAAUCGACUUCUUAAACUCUCUCUUCACCAUAAUAAGAAUGAAAGUGAAAGUAAAAGUGAUGGUCCUUUGCUUAUUACAGAGGAACUGCAGACGAUGGGUGAUAUUCCUCCUCCAUCUACACAACACUCCGCUGCGGCGACAGGGACAAAUUUUAUUAUUUUUGGAGGUGAAACAAAUGAGGCCGAACAGACCAAUGAAUUGUAUGUGUUAAAUAUAAAUACAUGGAUUUGGAAACAUAUCAGGACGGGUGGAAUAGCCCCAACACCUCGUCUUCUUUCAGGUCCACUUUUGUUUCUCGCACCGCAUCUCUGUGUAUUGUAUGGAGGAGCUCAUUUUGUAAAGGGGGAUAUUAAAAGUCUUGAUGAUGUUUGGAUAUGUGACUUUUCACGUGAAAAUGUUUGGACACAAAUCCAAAAUAAUAAUAAUAAUAAUAAUAAUAAUAAUAAUAAUAAUAAUAAUAGUGAUAGUGAUAGUAGUAAGAUGUUUCCAAGAUCUAAUGGACAUGCAGGUGGUGUAUUUCGUAAAAAAGAUGGUACUAUUACGGCAGUCUUUGUUGGUGGAAAAGAUGCUGCUGAAGGGUGUGAUAGAAUAAAAGAGGUGAAGGAAAUAAAUGCGGAGGAAAAUUGUUUUCAUCUUAACAUGGUGGAUCCCAUCAUAUUAACUGGAAUAGAGGGUCCACAUUGGCGUUAUACACCUGUAGUUGUAGAAACACCCAGUGGACUUCUUUUAUUGGGUGGUCAAUGUCGACAUCCACAAGAUGUGGCGGCAUUCCUCCUUAAAGAGAAAAGUGAAUAUUAA